UGUUUGACUCGGUGCGAACGUGUGGGACAUUAAUUGCAUUAAUUAGUUGCGAUUAAUAAAGUUAAUUGUUGGCAAUUUGUGAUUAUGGAGAAGGUGCAAUCAUUAAGAACCAUAUCCACCACGACCAAGCUUCGUAUUGCUGGGUACGUGGUGACUAUAGUGGUACACACCGUCAAUGGCCUGAUUAUGGAGAGCGGUUUCUAUGGUGGAGCCAUGAGUGACCCUGGAGUCCGGAGGUACUACGAGUUCCGGACUAGAUUCAUCACCUGCUGGACAUUUGUAGCACAAAUCAUAUACGCCGCUCUAGAGCUGUACUGUGAAGUAAAAAAUAUCCAAGGAAAGAAAGAUUCAAACAUCAUAAAAAAAAUAAAACAAUAUAACGAUAUCACAUUUCCAGGAAUUGUUGUACCAUACUCGUUUAUGGUACCAACGAUGUUCUGGACACUCUUCAUAUAUGACAAGAACUUGAUCCUACCAGCUUUUAUGAAGAAGGUGGUGAGCUCUUUCUCCAACCACCUGGUGCACACCGCGGUCGUCCCUGUUGUCGUCUGGGAAAUGGCCUUCAACCCUCGAUACACGCGUAGAUCCCAUGCGAAGAAUCUCAUGACCUUGGCCUUUUUCACCAGUAUUUAUUUGGUUGUGUUAAUAGGCUCUUACUACGAGAAGGGUAUAUGGCCAUAUCCAGUCCUAACAUAUCUUCAAGGCACAAUAUACUUCAGGCUUUUCAUUGGCGUAACUAUAGGAUUACUGCCUUUUUAUUAUCACAUUCAGUGGUACAUUGUUGAUUUUUUAAAAAGAUUCCAAAGCGUUAAAUUAGAAUAGAUAUAGUAUCUAUCGUCUUGGAAUAUGUGGGUUUAUUGACUGGUCAUGGGUUCUGUUCUGGGAGAGGGAUGGUUCCUUCCUGUGACGUCAUAGGAGGACGUUAGGUUUAACUUAAGUAUGUAAACUCGACGCGUCACGGUGCUAUAAAAAUAUUUUUAAAACUCGUGUAAAUUGCCAUAUGUCAGAUGUAUACCCAAUCAUCUAUUUACAAAUUAUGUUGAUUAUAUUCGGUGUAAUUUCAUUAAUUUGUAAGUCAUAACUAAAAAAUGUUAUUUUUUUAAUUAUUUUUUUUUUAGGAAAAGAAAAUAAUUUCAGAUCGACUUAAUUACCCGAUAAAGACAUUUAAUUAUAAUCUUAGUCGUAUUAAUAUAAGUUACACCUAUCUCAGUUAAAAGAGAAUUAACAAGUCCUAUAAAAAAAUAGUUAAGUUUUUCUUUACAUAUAAUAUGAUACUUUUUUACUAGAUAUCCUUUAACCAGUGUUAGCAUAAUAAUAAUCCGGGUUGGAAACCAGGACGAAUGACUCCUGCUUUAUACAAAAGACUCUCCAAUCCAACAAUUAAGUAAAUUAAUCAAUAACGAACAUUCUAAAGACACGAACGUUCAUAUAAAUUAAAGUUCAAAAUUUGGAGUUAGACCUACAGUUCGCUACAGCGCUAAAAGAUCAAUCGUCUAACCAAACUUUUAAAAAUGCAGUGCUAAAGCGCUUUAAAUAGAGUAUAAGUAAAAUGGUAACCAAUACUGAAUUGCAGUACAAUCCUGUUUAACACAGUGAGUGUUCGGAACGCCAUAUCCAGUACGUAACACGAAUAAAUAUAUAUCGAUGAAAAUAAUCAAUCAAAUAAGUCAUGUCAAUAACUCAUUUGUAAGCGAUUAAAAAAAAACUUUGUUUCAUUUUUAAGAUACAUCGAAAAAAAACUGUUGGAAUCAUUUAUUCAAAAUGGCGGUAAGCCGUCACUAAUUUAUUGACCAAUUUUUUUAUUAUUAAUAUUAUAGAAAUAAUAAGAGUGUUUUAGAAUACAUUUGUGUCAAAAUUUAAACUACUACUUCACAAUGUUUCAGAGGAUACUUGAACUUAUUCAGGCGAUCCAAUACCGGAAUACCAAAAAAUAAUGAAAUUCACUUCCUUGACUUUGUUAUUUAUAAGGCCAACACCAAAAUAAAGAAACACUAGUUUUCUUCAAUAUCAUUGUUUAGGUGACCAUCGCAAAUAAGUCACAUAAGGUCAAAACUAUAAUAAUAUCAAUAACUUUUUAUUUAGGCAGAAUUAAAUGAACCUUGUGACUGCCUUGGGUCUUAGCCUAGAUACUAAAUGCCCAUAUAUACAACUAGAAUAACAUUUUGAUCUAAUCAUAAUUAGUAAAAACAUAAAAUGAUACACAAAACAUUAAUUAUCUAUACCGAUAUAUAUUUACACCUAUCAAUUCGAUUCCUACCGGCUUCCCUUCUAGGUUUAUUUUUUUUUUCUCAUUUUUUGUUUUGUGUUAAAUUGGUUGAGAUAUGUUAACUAAAGCAUUAUUUUUGUAUGGGUUGCCUUUAAAAAAUGUCUCCCUUUGCUUUUGAUACCUAUAUAGCAAUUCUCGUAACUUAACGUGGAUUUUUUAAGUGUGCUCAAUAAAAGACUAAUUUAAGAUUAUUUAAUUUAAGUUAUAAAUAAGAUAUUCUGUGAUAAACAAAUGAAAUUUUUUGUAAGAAAACAAUCUCUCUAUAACAUUGCUUCCCUAUCCUUAAAACUAAACAUCUAAUAUUUAAAAUUAAUAUUAUUUAUGCAUUUAAUGAUAAGACUACUAAUAAUUCGACGUAAUGACGUUUAUAUUUGCUUAAAAUAAUUUACGCUUUAAAGUUGAUUAAUGUUGUUGAUAAAAUCAAUUGUAAUAUAAAAUUUAUUGUAAGAAUUGUAAAUAAUUUCCUAAAUAAAUGCUUUAAUAUAUUA